UUGAUAUUCCCACCCCACCUUACCAUGCUUUAUAUAAGGCUCAUACUUGUGGUUGUGGCUGCAGAACUUGGUAUUGGUACUAACACUUGAUGGUUCCCACUUCCUCAGAUCAUCCACACUAAGCACAUUAUAUAAAAAAAGGGAAUCAAGAGAGGCACCCACACUGAGAGAGAAGAGAACCUCUAAAAACAAAAGUGAAAACAUUCUCUCCCAUAGCUCUUCCUUCAUUUCCUGUCCCUUUUUAUUUUGUUGGUUUGUUCCUUCUGUUGCACGUUCUCCUUUGUUCUCUGCUUCCGCAUUUUGUUCAUGCGGUGUUGCAGAAGCAGAAUAGUAUUUGACACAAGUGUUGUGCUCUCCCAUCUCAGGAGAACCACUCAUUGGUAGACAUAGCUUGUUAAAAGCACAAAAAGAAAAGUGUUUUGAGAUCUGGCUGGCAUGUUAUCCUUUACUCACUAGCUUUCUUCGAGUAAGAGUGUCUGACAUUCCAGCUCUGCUAGCUUCCUUUGUUUUGCGUGGCACAGAAGCAAAACAACAAUCACCAAAAGAAAAAUUAUUCCACCCAAGUCACUCUUUUUAACCCUUUUCGAUCCAUCUCUCACAACUUGAGCCUGCUUCCCAUUCCUCACUCUCUUUUGUUUUUCUGACACACAACUUCAAAACGUUCCAAAUGGAUCGCCUUUCUUCCACUACCAUUCUCCCCGAAGCGUUUGAAGGGGCCAAAGAUGACCUCACCAUGCAGCUUGCAUUGGUUUGGAACCAAAUCAAAGCGCCACUCAUUGUCCCGUUGCUGAGACUAGCAGUGUUUCUGUGCUUGAUCAUGUCGGUCAUGAUGUUCAUUGAGAGGGUUUACAUGGGCAUUGUCAUCACUCUGGUGAAGUUGUUUGGCAAAAAGCCAGAGAAACGUUACAAAUGGGAGCCAAUGAAGGAUGACAUUGAGCUGGGAAACUCUUCUUAUCCAAUGGUCCUCGUUCAAGUCCCUAUGUACAAUGAAAGAGAGGUUUAUCAGCUCUCAAUUGGAGCUGCUUGUGGACUUUCUUGGCCUUCAGAUAGGAUCAUCAUACAAGUCCUUGAUGACUCCACUGACCCAACAAUCAAGGAGUUGGUGCAGCUUGAGUGCCAAAGAUGGGCAAGCAAAGGGGUGAAUAUAAAGUAUGAGGUUAGGGACAAUAGGAAUGGGUACAAAGCAGGGGCUCUCAAAGAAGGCAUGAAGCGUAGCUACGUGAAACAGUGUGAUUGCGUUGCUAUCUUUGACGCUGAUUUUCAACCAGAGCCUGAUUUCUUGUGGCGCACCGUUCCAUUCCUGGUGCACAAUCCCGAGCUAGCCCUCAUUCAAGCGCGGUGGAAAUUUGUGAAUGCCGAUGAAUGUUUGAUGACCAGAAUGCAAGAGAUGUCACUAGAUUACCAUUUUACUGUGGAACAAGAAGUGGGGUCUUCCACUUACGCCUUCUUUGGUUUCAACGGAACUGCUGGAGUAUGGAGAAUUUCGGCUUUGAAUGAAGCUGGUGGAUGGAAGGAUAGGACCACAGUGGAAGAUAUGGACCUGGCUGUGCGAGCCAGUCUCAAAGGAUGGAAAUUCUUAUACUUGUCUGACUUGAAGGUUAAAAAUGAAUUGCCAAGUACAUUCAAGGCAUACCGCUACCAACAGCACCGUUGGUCAUGCGGGCCAGCCAAUCUCUUUAGGAAAAUGGUCAUGGAGAUCAUAAACAACAAGAAAGUGUCAUUGUGGAAGAAGAUACACGUGAUUUACAGCUUCUUCUUUGUUCGGAAGGUGGUAGCACACAUCAACACGUUUGUGUUUUAUUGCAUUGUAUUACCUUCAACAGUUUUGGUGCCUGAGGUGGUGGUCCCAAAGUGGGGUGCUGUCUAUAUCCCUUCCAUCAUCACCUUUCUAAAUGCAGUUGGAACUCCAAGGUCACUUCAUUUACUUGUCUUCUGGAUUCUCUUUGAGAAUGUCAUGUCUCUGCAUCGAACAAAGGCAACGAUUAUUGGUCUACUAGAGGCUAGUCGAGUGAACGAAUGGGUUGUCACUGAAAAACUUGGUGAUGCUCUCAAGGCUAAAGCAGGAGGAAAAGCACUUAAAAAGCCAAGAUUCAGAAUUGGAGACAGGAUUCACUUGUUAGAACUUGGUGUGGCAUUCUACCUCUUCUUUUGUGGCUGCUAUGAUGUUAUGUUCGGGAAAAACCAUUUCUUCAUCUUCCUCUUUAUCCAAGCAUUUGCCUUCUUCAUCAUGGCAUUUGGAUAUGUUGGCACCAUUGUUCCCAACUCCUAGAAGGACUUGGUAUUUCUUCAUUCGGCUAUUUCAGCUCUGUGCCUUCAUAUCAACGUGUAUUAUAGUGUUUUCAACAUAGUUCUGGCAAGUUACAGCUUGUUAGUGUAAAAGAAAGGGUGGUCAUUCUUUAAGGUCUUGCAUAAUCGGAGUUGGUGACUCUAAAGAGAUAGUUUUCUUGUGAAUAUUCUGCUCAAAGAUAUAUAAGGAAAUUACGGAAGUUCUUCUCAUGAAAGGGAAGUAUACAGAACAAGAACGCAUCAAUCAAGAGGCAUGGAUCCUCAGGAGCAAACAUCUUUGAUUGGAUGGAUUGUUUAUAAGAUUUUGUAGCUUUUUUUAACUUUUAUUUUGCUUUUCUUUACAUUGUAUUUGUUUGAAGUAAUAAACAGCUUCAAGAAAUGGGAUAAUACACGAAGUUCCAUUUUGUAUUUCUUCAAUGUCAGACAAAUUUGACAGGAAUGACUAUAUGGGAGCAGAGAUGAGCCUUUUGAAGUGCAA